UGCUGCUUCAGCAAGGGCUGCUGAAGGGGUAUAAAUAAGUUAAGGGGAGGUUAAAAAUAAUCUGGCACAACAGGGUUUAGAGUCAGAAGCAGAGUUAACAGACCACCUUUAGAGACAGGAGCUGGGACUUGGUCAUGGGGGAGUGGAGGAAAUAAGAAAAGGUUUCAAAGUGAAAAAUGGCCAGGUUUGCAGGAGCAGGGAAUGACCCCCACUCUUCUCCCAGAGCCAGGCUGAGAACCUGGGGGUGAGGGUAUCCAACUGUUUCAACCCGGGGAGCCUACUCUUGGCUCAGAGGAACCUUAAGUAUUUUUGAGCCUGAUUGACGCAUCGGCUACCUCAUGGCAGAUUUCAACUUCACCCCCUACGACUCUUCAAUAUUAAUCCUAGCUGGCAUCCCUAACCUGGAAGAUGCCCACAUCUGGAUUUCCAUCCCUUUCUUUAUGGUCUACAUUAUGGCCCUGUUGGGAAAUAUCACAGUUCUGUUUGUUGUAGGAAAAGAGCAGACCCUGCACAAGCCGAUGUAUCUGCUGCUCUGCAUGCUGGCACUCGCAGACAUUGGCACAUCUACCUCCUUCGUGCCAAAGGCACUGUGUAUAUUUUGGUUUAAUUUGACAAGCAUUACUGUGAAGGGUUGCCUCACCCAGAUGUUCUUCUUUCAUGCAUUUUCUACAAUGCACUCAGCUGUCCUAGUGACAAUGGCCAUUGAUCGCUACGUUGCCAUAUGUAACCCUCUGAGAUAUGCCACCAUCCUCAGCAACGCACGAAUAGCUAAGCUAGGGCUACUUGGUAUGAUAAGAGCUGUUCUCUUCAUCCUGCCUAUGCCCUUGCUUGUGAGCAGGCAGCCAUUGUGUGUCAACCGCAUUAUCCCCCACACAUACUGUGACCACAUCGCUGUGGCAAAGGUUUUGUGUGGGGACAACACAGGCAGCAGAAUGUAUGGCUUGGUGUUGGCGUUUUUAGUCAUUGGGUUCGACGUGACGCUCAUUGGCUUGUCCUAUGGUCUGAUCAUCAGGACUGUCCUCAGACUCUCCUCCCAGGAAGCCAACCAGAAAGCCCUCAACACCUGCACAGCCCACAUCUGUGCGCUACUGAUGGCUUAUCCUGUUGGACUCUUCUCCACACUGGCACACCGGUAUGGUGAGGACAUCGCUCUGCAUGUUCACGUCAUCUUGUCCAACUUCCAUUACCUCAUUCCCCCCAUGCUCAACCCUAUCAUUUAUGGGGUCAAAACCAAAGAGCUUCGUGACAAAGUGGUCAAAAACAUUUGCAGAAUGCACUCACCACAUGCUACUGACUUUAAACCUGAGUGACAAGAGAGGGUUUUGGAAAUACACUCUUACCCUUUUUUGAGGGGUGUUUACCCCAAAUGUGAUCAAACAAAUCAUAACCAUAUGAUGUUCACUGUCCACAAUGUAUUAAUAAAAUAGAACACCACAUAGUUAAGGGUUGAUUAGAAAGCAGGCUUUUAGAUUCAAGGUGAAAAUCUAGCAGGCAGUUUCUGCUAAUUGCAAUGGGAGGAGUGCACAGAUAAGGAAAUAAGUGAGAAAGAGAGAAGGUAAAUGGAUGAAAAGCUUAAGUCUGGACACCUCUGAUACUAGACGUUAAUAGAAAGUAAGUAAAAGCGAUGACCCAGUGGGGGUCAUUAUGACCUCUGUGUUUUGUAGAAGUUAUAAAAGAUUAAGAACAUAAAAAUUGCUCGUCUGGGUGAGACCAAAGGUUCAUUUAGCCCAGAGGGAAUGAACAGAAGAGGUAAACAUCAAGUGAUUCAUCUCCUGUUGCUCAUUCUCAGCUUUGGGCAAACAGAGGCUAAGGACUCCAUUUAUGCCCAUUCUGGCUAAUAGGCAUUGGUGGACCUAUCCUCCAUGAACUUAUCUAGUUCUUUUUGAACCCUGUUUUAUUCUUGGCCUUCACAAGAUCCUCUGGCAAGGAGGUCUGCAGGUUGACUGUGAGUUGUGUGAGGAAAUACUUCCUUUUAUUUAUUUUAAACCUGCUGCCUAUUAAUUUCAUUUGGUGACCCUUAGUUCUAAUGUUAUGAGAAGUAAUAAACACUUUCUUAUCUACUUUCUCUACACCGGUCAUGAUUUUAUAGACCUCAAUCAUAUCUCCCCUUAGCCAUCUCUUUUCCAAGCUGAAAAGUCCCAGUCUUGUUAAUCUCUUCUUAUACUGAAGCUUUUCCAUACUCCUAAUCAUUUUUGUUGCCUUUUCUGAAACUUUCCCAAUUCCAAUAUCGCUUUUUGAGAUGGGGUGACCACAUCUGCACACGAUAUUCAAGAUAGAUUUAUAUAGUGGCAACACGAUAUUUUCUGUCCUAUUAUCUAUCCCUUUCUUAAUUAUUCCCAGCAUUCUGUUAGAUUUUUUGACUGCUGCUGCUCACUGAGUGGAUGUUUUCAGAGAACUAACCACAGUGACUCCAAGAUCUCUUUCUUGAGUGGUUAAUUUAGACCCCAUCAUUUUAUAGGUAUUGUUGGGAGGGAUUGCAACUACUUUGGAGGACAGGGUCAUAAUUCAAAAUGAUCUGGACAAAUUGGAGAAAUGGGCUGAGGUAAACAGGAUGAAGUUUAACAAAGACAAAUGCAAAGUGCUCCACUUAGGAAGGAAAAAUCAAUUUCACACAUACAGAAUGGGAAAAGACUGUCUAGGAAGGAGUACGGCAGAAAGGGAUCUAGGGGUUAUAGUGGACCACAAGCUAAAUAUGAGUCAACAGUGUGAUGCUGUUGCAAAAAAAGCAAACAUGAUUCUGGGAUGCAUUAACAGGUGUGUUGUGAGCAAGACACGAGAAGUCAUUCUUCCGCUCUACUCUGCUCUGGUUAGGCCUCAGCUGGAGUAUUGUGUCCAGUUCUGGGCACCGCAUUUUAAAAAAGAUGUGGAGAAAUUGGAAAGGGUCCAAAGAAGAGCAACAAGAAUGAUUAAAGGUCUUGAGAACAUGACCUAUGAAGGAAGGCUGAAAGAAUUGGGUUUGUUUAGUUUGGAAAAUAGAAGACUGAGAGGGGACAUGAUAGCAGUUUUCAGGUAUCUAAAACGGUGUCAUAAGGAGGAGGGAGAGAACUUGUUCACCUUAGCCUCUAAGGAUAGAACCAGAAACAAUGGGUUUAAACUGCAGCAAGGGAGGUCUAGGUUGGACAUUAGGAAAAAGUUCCUAACUGUCAGGGUGGUUAAACACUGGAACAAAUUGCCUAGGGAGGUUGUGGAAUCUCCGUCUCUGGAGAUAUUUAAGAGUAGGUUAGAUAAAUGUCUAUCAGGGAUGGUCUAGACAGUAUUUGGUCCUGCCAUGCGGGCAGG